CCUGAAAAUAUUGGGGUAAUUUUCAGCUAAGGAGAGUAUAUGCCAGCAAAAUUAGAGUCGCAUUUCCACUAUUUAGAGACAGAACAGAGUUGAUCCCAUUAAAGCCCACUCUUUCUCUCUCUACUUUCUCUCUCUUCUGCAAUCUGAAAAACCUUUCUUCUUCUUCUUCAUCCAAUGCCUUCAAUCUUACUGUUUCUAAACCAAAUCAAGCAACAAAUCCUUCUUACAGAUUCCCCAUGGCCGCUGUUCACCGGUGAGAUUCUCUGUUUUCAUGGAUUCUGACCGCCAUUUUCGUACUACUAGCAGCAACAGUACCAGUUCCGCCGCCGCAGGCUCUAGCGAGCUCUUCAUCUGCUUCACUUCUCGCUUCUCAUCUUCUUCUUCUUCUGCCAUGAAGAUCUCUUCCAAGUGCCUUCUUAGCCCUGGCCGUGCCCGUGAAGGCCAAAUCAUCCUCUCUACUUCACUCAGCCGCCGUCUCAAAUCCAGCGGCAGCCUCAAGGUCGGUCAGGCCUCGCCUGCGUUUCCUACCGGUGGGAAGAAGCGAGGAUGCGCGUUCGAUAAUCCGGAGCCGUCGUCGCCGAAGGUCACUUGCAUUGGACAGGUUAGGGUUAAGACUAAGAAGCAGGGAAGGAAGAUGAGGGCUAGAUCGCUGAAGCGGAGGACUAAUUCGGAGGCGAGUUUUCGGAAAUCGGAGAGUGUUGUUCAAUCGUCGCAGAUGAAUGGUAAUGAUCAGCAAUUCGUUGCGAAUCAAUCGUCGCGUCCUAAUCUUCUUCGUCAGGACAGUAUGAGUAAUGGCGGAAACGGUUUCCAGCAGGAGCGGCAUUCGCACCGGAGCCAGCGGUGGGUGCAUUUGCCGUUCACAAUUUGCGAGGCGCUUAGGGCUUUUGGUGCUGAACUCAACUGUUUCUUGCCGUGCCAUUCGUCGUGUUCCAGCGAUAGGGAGAGUAACAAGGAAUCGAAGCCGGCGGGGAGGUCGGAGGAGGAGACCGAGAGUUCCUGCGGGAAAGUGUUUGCGCGGUGGUUGGUGGCGGUACAAGACAGAGACGGGAAGGGGAGGAAGAUCGAACUAGUAGUUGGAGACGAAGAACCUCAAACGGAGAAGGAAAAUGGAAGCCAGAGGCGGCAUAUUUUGGACGGAAUGAAUUUCAAAGACGAAAAUGAAGUCGUUGAGAAAGAGGAAUCGAGGAUCAGCCUUUGCAUUCCGCCGAAGAACGCUUUGCUGCUAAUGAGGUGCAGAUCUGAUCCGGUGAAGGUGGCGGAGCUCGCGAAACGAUUCUGUGAACCUCCUGCGCCACAACUGGAAGAACAUGACAAGGAAGAACUAGACGAAGAUCAUGAAGAGAAGAAAACUACACAAAAUGAAGCGAAAAGAGAUGAAUCUGUGCCUGUAAGUAAGGAAGACGACGAAGAAGAAAGAACAGUGAAGCUAAAUCUGAAGCUUGAAAACGAGGAAGAAAUCAAUGAAGAAUCUGUUUCCGAUACUGAAAGAGGAGAAGAAUCCACAGAAAUGGCCACAGAAAACGAAAUCGAUGAGCAGAAAUCAAACAUUUCUAUGAUAAAUCAUCAGAGUCAAGAAGAAACAGCAGAAGACAGAAUCGAUCAAGAUAAUCAGCAAGAAACAAUGGCGAUCUCAAGAACAAUUCCAAUUCCGAUUCAGAGCCACUGUGAAUCUGAAUUUGCUCAAGAUGCAGAGAACCUGGAAUCAGCCGAAGAAGACGAAUCUAAGCGCGAACAAGACAACAGAACAGAGCAGAGAGAAGCAUUUGAAGAAGACGAAAAUGGCGAAAACCCUACUUCGGCGUCAUUAUCAGUAGAGACAGAACCAGUUUUAGACGAAACCGGAACUGAAUUUGAUGAGAAUUGGGAAGAAGUAACAGAGACGACGACGGCGAUUAAAGAGAAAGCGACGGAUGAAGGAAUCAGAUCCGACACUCAAAACGACGACGAAAUGAUGGGUCCAGAGGCGGAGGACCAGUCAAAGGAGCGAGACACUCCGCCGCCGGAGCCGGAGAGAAAAACACAAACAGAAUCACCUGUUCUUCCGGAUUGCUUGCUGUUAAUGAUGUACGAGCCAAAGCUAUCAAUGGAGGUGUCGAAGGAGACAUGGGUCUGCAGCACGGACUUCAUAAGGUGCGUUCCAACGAGGGAGAAGAAGCCAGCCGGUCGAAACCCGCCGCCGCCACCGCCACCGAAGAAGCGGGAGAAGAAGCCGGCGGACAACACGCAGACGGCGGUGAUCCAACCGGCGAGGUGGUCGUGUUCGUUUCCAGCGGCGGCGGCUGCGGCAACAAUGAUAGAACAGAAGAAGCUAGUGAGGGCCAAGGGUUACGAGCCGUUUGUUCUUACGAGGUGCAAGUCGGAGCCGAUGAGGUCAUCUUCUAACCUGGCGCCGGACGCUUGCUUUUGGAAGGACCGCAAGCUUGAGCCACAUCGCCCAGCUACCUUCGGCGUCGGCGCGGCUGACGUUGGAUUUUGACCAUUUCACCCCUCAGUAAAAAAAAAA